AUGUCUUUCUGUGACAACAUCAACAAUCAGCACAUUCUCAAGAUCAAAAACCUGGCCCUGGAGGAUGCUGACGUCUACAGGUGCAUCGCAUCCAACCAGCACGGAGAAGCCAUUAACUCUGCAUCCCUCAUCGCUGCAGAAAGUAAGUCGAAUUCGACGAUGGAUUUCAAAAAGAUGCUGAAGAAACAGCAGGAACACAGGCCCAAGAGACAGGAGGAGAAGCCGCCCACAGAGGAGGAGAUGUUAAAGAUCCUGGCUGGAGCUGACAAGAAGGACUACGAGCGGAUCUGCGCCGAGUACGACUUCAGCGACUUCAGAGGCAAUCUUAAGAAGCUGAAAGAGAUGAAGAAGAAAGUGGAGGUGGAGCUGCGGAUCCAGUUCUCUCAUUGGAAAUAGGAAGUGAAACAGAUGGGAACCAAGCACAUGCUGUGCGUCUGUAGGGGGGGGGGGGGCCUCAGAGAUACAGGCACCUACACGCUGCAGGUCGGAGACAAGACGCUGUCGGCCAGGCUUAACGUCUCAGAUGAGCCUCUGAAAUUUAUGUCCGACUUCAAAGUGACGGAGCAGCAGAGUGUGUUUGACGUCCGUCUCUCCAAGAAGACGGAUGCGCCGCUCAUCUGGAAGGUGAAAGGAAAGGAAGUGAAAAGAGAUGAAAAGUUUGAAGUGUCCUUGUCUGAGGACGGUCUGACCUACACCUUGAAGAUAAAGGAGACGACUCCAUCAGCAUCAGAGACCUCACUGCUUUUCAUCCAGCGGAUUCCCAUCAAGCUCUCCAGCUACUUGAAGAACGCCCGCGUGCAGGAGAGGAGCAAGGCCCACCUGGAGUGUGAGAUGAGCUCCAAGGACGUGCAUGUCCUCUGGCUGAAGGACGGCUGCGACAUCUCCGCGAAGCGGUUCGCCUCAGUGAAGAACAGUUUGUCAGAUGCUCAGUGUCCCACCGUCGAGCUGUGUGUGGUCCUCAACAACGAGAAGGUGGACAGGGUGUGGCUGAAGGACGGAGUGGAGGUCAGAGACCUUCCAGAGAUUGAUUCUUCUGUGCUGGACCUGUUGGGGGGGCAACCCGUGACCGUGAAGGCCGGUCAGACAGUCACCAUUAAGAUCCCCUUCAGAGGCCAACCGCUGCCCAAGGUCAGCUGGUACAGAGAUGGAGUGGAGGUCACGGAGGAUGAGAGAACCAAGAUGGAGAGGACAGAGGACAGCGCGUCCCUGCUGCUCAGCAGGUGGGUGGGCAGAUUAAAGGGAUAG